CAAAAAAAAAAAAAAUGCUCCCCUGCUGUAUUUCUCAAGAAAGAAAAAACUGCUCUGCAUCUGCAGCCGACGGGGGCGGCGGCGGACGCCAGACGGCACCUGCAGGCUGCCCGCCAAGUGGUGGCGGCAGCGCGGCAAGCAAGCAAGCAGCCUACGCCGGCGGCCGGUCCCAGGACCUCUAGGCGACGGCCGUAUUCCUCCUCUGUCGUCGCCACUUCCAAGUUGCAAGGCUUCGUCGGUAUGGGGAACCUAGCUGAGAGCAUCGCAUGUGGCGUGGCGGCGUCGGGUGUCCUCUCGGCCUCCGCCAUCCGCACCACGGUCCACCGCCACCCUGAGCGCUGCGCCGCCUUCGCCUCCCUUGGCGCCACCAUCCUCGCCUCCAACGCCCAGGUUGUCGAGGACAGUGAUGUGAUCGUCAUCUCUAUCAAGCCUCAGAUUGUGAAGAAGGUUCUGGUUGAGCUCAAGCCCUUGCUGUCUGAAGAAAAGCUUCUGGUGUCCAUUACUGCUGCUAUUAAAAAUGAAAGAUUUACAGUGGCAUGGAAAAGGGGGUUUCCUCUCUGGCCGCCUAAAAAGCAUGUUGCUUGGGCAGACGUCUGCUCGGCCUUAGAUCCGUCUCCUCGAUGAGUACGCCGUGCCCAUGGUGAUUCUCAAAAGAAAGGAUUCCUCGGCGGACAGGACAUGUGAAUGCUUUUGAUUUCUGACUUUAGAGGCGAGCGGCGGUAGGCGCGCCGCUUGCCUCAUCUUUGGUAAGACAGACUUGGCUAGGGCCUUCCACUACUCAUUGUCGUCGGAGAUGUUAACGAUCUCCGUGCCGGGCUCCGGGUA